UUAAAUACCUCACGUGCGUUGCACGUGUCUCACACAGUUUCACUGAAAACCCUUCUCCCACUUCCCUCCCUGCCUCCGCCAUCUCUUUUUUUCUUCAGUCUCUCUUUACCCUUCGCUCAGCUGAGUGAAACCCUAAGACGCCGGGCAUUAAAUCCCAGCUCUGUAAACCCAGUUCAGCUGUGCAAAAAGGAAAAGGAAAAAUGCCUUUGUAUGAUUGUAUGCUUUUGUUGAAACCCCAUGUGAAGAAGGAGGCUCUCAUGGAGUUGGUUGCUAGGGUAGGAAAACAUGUUUACAGAAAAAAUGGGGUUCUCACUGAGGUUAAAUCAUUUGGAACUGUUCAGUUGGGUUAUGGUAUUAAGAAACUAGAUGGAAGGUACUACCAGGGUCAACUGAUGCAAAUGACUAUGAUGGCUACACCCAACAUCAACAAAGAGCUGCAUUACCUUAACAAGGAAGAUCGGUUGCUGCGCUGGCUUGUGGUCAAACACCGAGAUGCAAAAUAUGGGCUGGAAUUUCUUAGUGAAGAGGACAGCAAAAAUGAACUCAGUAAGUUUCCUCGAAGCAGUUUAUAUGAUAAUCAAGAUGUUGAUGAAGACGAUGACAACGACGAUGAAUAUGCUGUGGAUGAAGAAGAAGGAAAGCAGACAUAAGGUAAGAGCAAGGGCAAGGCAGAGCCGUGAGCGUUGGAGUCUACCUUGCAAAUGUACAUGUGGACCGACCUUUUGGGAAGCCGUUUUAUUUUUGGAAAUAUUGUGUAAUUUUCCUAAACUAGGCUCACUCUACUCUUUAUAAAAUAUGUUUGAAAUUAAAUGUUAAGUAUGGCCAUACGACUUUUUAAAAAGUUUUUUUUAUACGGGUUUUUGAGACAUUUUGUUGAAUGAAAAUAUUUAUAUUUCCA